AAACACACGGACUACAUGAACAAGAGUGACGACUUCACCAACCUGCUGGAGCAGGAGCGGGAGAGGUUGCAAAAACUCCUUGAACAAGAAAAGGCUUACCAAGCCCGCAAGGAAAAGGAAAAUGCUAAGCGGCUCAACAAACUGAGAGAUGAGCUUGUGAAACGCAAGUCCUUCGCACUCAUGCUGGUGGAUGAAAGGCAGAUGCAUAUCGAGCAACUUGGCCUGCAAAGCCAGAAAGUACAGGACCUGCCUCAGAAACUGAGGGAAGAGGAAGAAAAGCUCAAAGCCAUCACUUCUAAAUCCAAAGAAGACAGGCAGGAAUUGCUCAAGUUGGAAGUGAAUUUUGAACACAAGGCUUUGAGGUUUUCCCAGGAGCAUGAAGAGAUGAAGGCUAAGUUGGCCAAUCAGGAGUCUCACAACAGGCGGCUCAGACUCAAGCUCGUUGGCUUGACUCAAAGAAUCGAGUAGCUGGAAGAGACCAACAAAAAUCUUUGAAAGGCAGAAGUAGAACUUCAGGAACUAAGAGAUAAAAUUGCCAAAGGGGAAUGUGGCAACUCCAGUCUCAUGGCAGAAGUGGAAAAGCUUCGGAAGCACGUACUUGAGAUGGAGGGUAAAGAUGAGGAGAUCACGAAAACCGAAUCCCAGUGCCGGGAGCUGAGGAAGAAGCUGCAGGAAGAAGAGCAUCAUAGCCGAGAGCUCAGACUUGAAGUUGAGAAGUUACAGAUGAGGAUGUCUGAGCUGGAGAAACUGGAAGAAGCAUUCAGCAAGAGUAAAUCGGAGUGCACCCAGCCGCAUUUAAAUCUGGAGAAAGAAAAGAACUUAACCAAGGACCUGCUCAGUGAAUUGGAGGUAGUCAAAAAGAGUCGGGUUAAAGAAACGGAAUGUUCUGAAAGUCGAUUGGAAAAGGCCUAACUAAGCCUAAAAGACGAUCUUACAAAGUUGAUCUUUACCGUGAUGCUGGUUGAUGAAAGGAAAAACAUGAUGGAAAAAAUAAAGCAAGAAGAGAGAAAAGUGGAUGGACCCAAUAAAAAUUUUAAGGUGGAGCAAGGCAAGGUUAUGGAUGUCACGGAAAAACUCAUCGAAGAAAGAAAGAAGCUUUUAAAACUGAAAUCUGAAAUGGAGGAAAAGGUAUACAAUUUGACAAAAGAGAGAGGUGAGUUAAUAGGCAAACUGAAAAGUGAAGAAGAAAAAUCCUCUGAAUUAAGCUGCAGUGUUGACUUAUUAAAGAAGAGACUUGAUGGGAUCGAGGAAGUGGAGGGAGAAAUAACAAGAGGAAGGUCUCGAAAAGGACCUGAGCUCACCUGCCCAGAAGAUAACAAAAUUAAGGAGCUAACACUUGAAAUUGAGAGACUGAAAAAACGUCUCCAACAAUGGGAGGUGGUGGAAGGGGAUAUGAUGAAGACAGAAGAUGACGGCCAGCUGGAGCAGAAAUUUAGAAGCGAGAAGGAUAAGGCCAACUUCUCUCAACAGCUGGAGGAGAUAAAACACCAAAUCGCCAAGAAUAAAGCAAUAGAGAAAGGUGAGGCGGUGAGCCAGGAGGCCGUGCUGAGACACAGAUUUCGGCUGGAAGAAGCUAAAAGUCGAGACUUAAAAGCAGAAGUCCAAGCCCUUAAAGAGAAGAUUCAUGAACUGAUGAACAAAAAAGAUCAGCUUUCUCAGCUCCAAGUGGAUUAUUCUGUCCUUCAACAAAGAUUUAUGGAAGAAGAAAAUAAGAACAAGAACAUGGGGCAGGAACUCCUCAAUGUGACCAAAGAGUUGGAGCUGUCCAAGCGGUACGGCCGCGCUCUCCGACCCAGUGUGAACGGGAGGAGGAUGGUGGAUGUCCCCGUGACGUCCACCGGUGUCCAGACGGAUGCUGUUGGCAGCGAAGCGGCGGAGGAGGACACGCCAGCAGUGUUUAUACGCAAAUCCUUUAAAGAAGAAAACCGUAUCAUGAGUAACCUUCGACAGGUGGGACUGAAGAAACCGAUGGAACAUUCCUCUGUCCUAGACAGGUAUCCGCCCGCGGCCAACGAGCUCACCAUGAGGAAGUCUUGGAUUCCAUGGAUGAGGGAAAGGGAGAAUGGGCCCCCGGUGACUCAAGAGAAGGGGCCUCGAGCCGGUUCCAGCCCGGGGCACCCAAGAGAGCUGGUUCUUUCGCCCAAGCAGGGCCAGUCCCUGCACAUUCGAGUGACGCCAGACCGUGAGAACAGCACUGCCACUUUGGAGAUUACGAGCCCCACGGCGGAAGAAUUUUUUUCCAGUACCACGGUCGUUCCCACCCUAGGGAAUCAGAAACCGAGGAUAACCCUUAUCCCAUCACCAAAUGUCAUGUGUCAGAAACAGAAAAGCAGAGAUGCUACUCUGAGCGCGGAGCGAGCCAUGUCCCCAGUCACAAUUCAGAAAGCGGAAGGGUUUGCGGACAGGCCCACAUCCCCCUUUCAGAUCAUGACCGUGUCCACAUGGGCGGCCUCGGCGGACAUCGCUGUCCCUCCCGAAUCCCAGGAAAUGCCCGUGGGAAGGACUGUCCUCAAGGUCACCCCGGAGAAGCAGACUGUGCCAACCCCUGUCCGGAAGUACAACUCCAAUGCCAAUAUCAUAACCCCGGAAGACAAUAAAAUUCACAUUCACUUAGGUUCUCAGUUUAAGCGAGCCCCUGGGACUUCAGCUGAAGGAGCAAGCCCGGUGAUCACUGUCCGACCUGUCAACAUGACGGCGGAGAAGGAGGUGUCCACCGGCACCGUCCUUGGCUUGCCCAGGAGCCAUGGCGCGAGCAAAGUGACCAGCACCAUCACCAUUACACCGCUCACGACCUCAUCGGCCAGAGGAACCCAGUCAGUGUCGGGACAAGACGGGUCAUUCCAGCGGCCUACAACCACCCGCAUUCCUAUGUCAAAAGGUAUGAAAGUAGGAAAGGUAGUAGUGGCAGCCCCAGGAGCAGGAAAUCUGACCAAAUUCGAGCCUCGAGCUGAGACUCAGUCUAUGAAAAUAGAGCUGAAGAAAUCUGCAGCCGGCAGCGCUACCUCUCCUGGAGGGAGGAAGGGCUGAGGGCAGUGGUGGAGGGUGUAUGUCGUGCAGAUGUUACUGCUGCCCUCUGUUCGUGCCAACUCUCUACAUGUACUAAUUUAAGUUUUCAAUAUCUUGUUCAUAAAAUAAUCAACGAAUAGCCAUGUGUCUUUCCUAUUUUGUGGAUUUGUUUUGA